AUGGCCCUCGCCGGUUUACUGAGCUUUGUCGAGAGCCUCGACCCGCGCGGUGAGCUGCUAGGACUCUCCUACAGCCUGACAAACAACGUCCAGCUCGGCUACGGCGACGGCGUAUCCAGCGCCUUUCAGUUCAUCCCGUAUGGGACGUGGGAGAAUUACGACCAGCCCCAGGACCAGAUCCCGAGCGUCCUGGAGCAGGCGUUUGCCGAGACCAUUGUCCAGGGCCACCGGAUCAACGGGCAGCCGGACACGCAGUACUCCUUUAUAGACAUCCUGCAGCUCCAGCAGCCCUACCCGCUCUUCUUCACCGAGCCGCUGCUCGAGGGUCCGGACCAGGGAAAGAGUCUGGUCGAGGUGCUGGCCGACACGGUCAACUCGAUAGACCCGGACGUCACGCCGGUGAUUCGAUACAUUGUCGGGAACCCGACCCCUCCGCCUACUGGACCGUCGCCCGCCGAGUAUGUGGAGGCGUUUUGGCCGCAGGCAAGCAACGAGUCGAUCUUUACGCAUCCAAAGGCCGUCUUGUACGUUGGGUCCUUCAACCCAGAUAUCGAACUGGCCCAGGAUCUCGGGCAGGUGGUAGACCGUUGGAUCAAGGCACUGGUCUCCAACGUAGGAGGCGGAGCACUUAUAUCCAAAGUAAUAACGAGCGUGGCCAACGCCAUAAUCGGCAGUUCAGUCGGAGGACUCAUUCCACCGGUUACGUGGAACCACGCCAAGAUCGUCGCGGUGAACGGGAGGGCGCUUCUCACCGGGGGCGGAAACUACUUUGAUCUGUACGCAUCCGGGCAAGACAGCCUGAUCGACAGUGACAUAACAAUCCUCGGGGAUGCUGCCGUCAGUGGGCACCGCUAUGCAGACUAUCUUUGGAAAUAUCUAAACAGCAACCACCUCGGCUACGACAACGCCUCGCAGGCGUGGUCGACGCUCCUCGCCGACCCCGCCCCCCGGCACGGCAUCCCCCUGGCCCGGCAGCCGGCACCCAUGUUCCCCGCCGCCACGCCCCGGCUCAAGGGCGACGUGCCGGUGCUGGCCAUGAGCAAGAUUGGCAACUUCAACCCGGCGGGGGCCAUCGAGUACCCGGCGCAGGUCAUCACGGCCAUCAGGGACGUGUUCUACCAGCUCGUGUGGGCCAAGACGCCCUCGUGGCUGCCGCUCGUGGCCGAGCUGACCAGCGACGCCAGGCUCGACUCGGCCUUUGAGGACGUCGGCGUCAACCCCGCGACCUGGGCCAGUCGGGCCGCGCGCGCGCAGGCCGUCUCGCAGGCUCAGGACUAUGUCAUUCUCUCGCAGGCCAUGCUGGUCAACUGGGUCAUGGUUCCGGAGACGGCUUGGCAGAAGCUUGUGGCAAAGAUCAACGACGAUAUGAAUAUCGGCUGGGACGGGAAGAUUUGGCCGUUCGACCUCCUCAUCUCCAUAGCACAAGCCAUCAUCAACAUCGAGCAGAACCACAAAGACGACCCGGACCCCACCAAAGCCGUCUUCAUCAUGGUCAGCCUGCUGGCCAGCCCCACCGACCCUGCGCCGCAGGGCUACCAGGACACGACGACCAUCGCCGACCUCACGAGCCGCGUCGCCGCGAUACUCAAAAGCGUCGGGAACCUCUCAAAGGACGAGGCAUCCGACAUGAUGGCGCGGCGGUUCCACGUCAAGCGCAGCGUGCUCAACCCGCCGGCGGGGUCGGGCGGGUCGGCGGCCGUCAAGAAGCUGCACACCAAGGUCGUCGACGUGGACGGCAAGCUGAUGUACACGGGGUCCGACAAUGCCUACCCGCAGUGGAACGAGCAGUUUGGGGUGUGGAUCGAGGACGUGGACGGGAUCAAGGCUUGGGAGGAUGGAUUCUUUUGGGGAUUCUGGGAGCGGGCUGUCAAUUCCGUCAUGUAA